UUACGGAAACGUGGCUGGAUACACGGACCCCAGACACGAUCGCUACACUACACGGAUUCACACUACUGCGGGCGGACAGGACAAAGGAGAGCGGUAAGAGGAAAGGAGGCGGGCUGGCAGUGUUUGUGAAUGAUAGAUGGUGUAACUCUGGGCACAUCACUAUUAAAGAGCAACUCUGCUGCAAAGACAUUGAACUGUUAGCCGUUAGCAUGAGACCGUACUAUCUGCCGCGGGAAUUCUCGCACGUUAUCGCGAUAGCGGCGUACAUUCCCCCCUCUGCUAACGCCGACGCGGCCUGUGACGUCAUCCACUCUGCCGUGGGCCGGCUACAGACACAACAUCCGCAGGCUCUCCUUCUUCUCUCAGGUGAUUUCAACCACGCUUCUCCAUCCUCCACCCUGCCCACCUUCACCCAGUAUGUCACCUGCUGCACUAGAGACAAUAAAACACUGGACUUGUGUUAUGCCAACACCAAGGAGGCAUACAAUUCAACAGCACUCCCUCCCCUGGGAAGAUCAGACCACAACCUGGUACAUCUCCAGCCUGUGUACAAACCUCUGGUACGCAGGCUGCCAGCUGUGUCCCGCACAGUGAAGAGAUGGUCUGAUGAAGCCGACGAGGCUCUGAAGGACUGUUUCAACACAACAGUGUGGGAGGAACUCUUCCAUCCUCAUGGGGACGAUAUAGACAGUCUCACUGACUGCAUCACAGACUACAUAAACUUCUGUGUGGAAAACACUGUACCCACCAGGACUGUACGGUGUUUCUCCAACAACAAACCAUGGAUUAAUCCGGACAUAAAGGCUCUCCUAAAGGAGAAGAAGAGGGUCUUUAAGUCAGGAAAUAGGGAAGAGCUGAAGGCUGUGCAGAAGGAGCUGAGGAGGAAAAUCAGGGAGGGGAAGGACUGCUACAGGAAAAAGAUGGAGGAACAGCUGCAGCAGAACAACGUCAGAGGAGUCUGGAGAGGCCUGAAAACCAUCUCUGGCCACAAGGGGCCCGACUCCCAGGCUGCUGGGGACCAGGUAAAGGCUAACGAUCUGAAUCUAUUUUUCAACAGGUUUGAUCAACCAUCUGCCCAUCCCCCGGCCCAGCACCUCCUGCCGAAACUUCUGCCGAAACUCCCCCCAUCGACACCUCGAGUGGACAGCCCUACCCCCACCUCCCCCUCCUGCACACAGCCAUCCCCCACCACUUCUCACCUAAUCAGCUCAACCUCCUCACUAACCUCCCCCCGCACACAGCCCCCCUGCUCCAACCUGACCCUCACAACAUCCCAGGUGAGAAACCAGCUCCGGAAAACCAAGGCGAGGAAGGCGGCGGGACCAGACGGCAUCAGCUCCAGGCUCCUGAAGUCCUGCGCGGACGAGCUGUGCGGGAUUGUUGAGCACAUCUUCAACCUGAGCCUGAAGCUGGGGAGGGUGCCACAGCUGUGGAAGACAUCCUGCGUGGUUCCUGUCCCCAAGACGCCGCACCCCAAGGACCUCAGCAGCUACAGGCCGGUGGCACUUACAUCACACCUGAUGAAGACCCUGGAGCGGCUGAUCCUUGACCAUCUCCGCCCCCUGUGCGUUCAACACCAUCCAGCCAGCACUUCUGAGGGACAAGCUGGAGAACACAGGGGUGGACCUGCACCUCACAUCGUGGAUACUGGAUUACCUCACCAACCGUCCACAGUAUGUGAGGACACGGGACUGUGUGUCCGACACAGUUGUCUGCAGUACGGGGGCUCCGCAGGGAACGGUCCUGGCUCCGUUCCUUUUCACCCUCUACACAGCAGACUUCUCCUACAACACACCAACCUGCCACCUGCAGAAGUUCUCUGACGACUCUGCAAUUGUUGGCCUCAUCACAGAUGGGGACGACUUGGAGUACAGAGGACUGACACAGGACUUUGUGGACUGGUGCCAGCGGAACUGCCUCCAGAUCAACACGGGGAAAACCAGAGAGCUGGUGGUGGAUUUCCGCAGGCGCAUCCACUCUCCUCCAACACCAGUGAACAUUCAGGGAAUGGACAUUGAGAUGGUGACAUCCUACAAGUACCUGGGUGUUCAUCUCAACAAUAGACUGGACUGGACUCAUCACACGGAAGCACUUUACAGGAAGGGCAUGUGCAGGCUCUAUCUGCUCAGGAGACUGAGGUCUUUUGGAGUGCAAGGGGCACUCCUCAAGACGUUCUAUGACUCUGUUGUGGCUUCAGUCAUUUUCCAGGGAGUGGUCUGCUGGGGCAGCAGCAUUUCGGCUGCGGAUAGGAAGAGACUGGAUAAGAUCAUCAGGAAGGCCAGCUCUGCACUGGGUUGCCCCCUUGACCCAGUGGAGGUGGUGGGAGAGAGGAGGAUGUUGGCUAAGCUAUCAUCCAUGUUGGAGAACGACUCCCACCCCCUGCAGGACACCUUGACAGCACUUGAAAGCUCCUUCAGCGAUAGACUGCUUCACCCCAAGUGUGUGAAGGAGCGAUAUCGCAGGUCUUUUCUUCCUGCAGCUGUCAGGCUGUACAACCAGCACUGCUCCCAAUAGACUUCUACACUGC